GUCGCUGGUUGCGUUCAGUUGUAGAAAUGGCAGCGCUGAGGCAAGAGCGUCGCUACGGGCUCUCCUGCGGCAAAAUCCACAAAAACAGCCCCAAUCGAACACUUUAUCACGUCAAACUCACUGACACCGCCAUCCGGACCCUCGAAACCUACCAGAACUUGAAGGCAUCACUGCCCAAUCAGACGUCAAUUUGCUUCAAAGGAAGUCAGGGGUACAUCAAGAUCCCGACUUCGGAAUCCCCCGAUGGAUUUAGAGUCUUCUCGUUCUACCUGUCCAGCGACAGCAAAGACAAACCCCAGUCCAGCUUCGACUGCAUUCAUCAGUUUGUUUCCGGGGAGGGCAAGGAUCAGCUGGAGAGCCAGGGCAGCAUCCAGGACAAGAUCACUGUUUGCGCCACCGACGACUCGUACCAGGCCACACGGGAGCGCAUGUCCCAGGUGGAGAAGGACAUCUGGAGCCGCUCGGCCAUCGAGAUCAAACCGGGGCCAAGUAAGUGCGUGAAGGUCCACAGGAAGCAGGGUCCGGUUGCGGGCUCAGACGGCAGCAACAAGCACUCGCCCAGCAACAAGAGGAGCCUUGUUCCCAGUCCUGCGGCACACCGGCCCUUGCGAGAGCGCGUGGUCCAUCUCCUGGCCUUGAAACCGUAUAAGAAACCCGAGCUGCUGCUGUGGCUGGAAAGAGAACGGGCCGCUCCGAAGGACAAGGCUGACCUGACCUCGGUGCUGGAUGAGGUUGGCAAGCUGAACCUUAAAGACAACAGCUAUUCUCUGAAGGACGAGCUCUACAGACACGUCCAAAGAGACUGGCCCGGCUACCUGGACGAGGAGAAGCAACUCAUCCACAGGCUUCUCAUCAGGAAGCUUCAGCCACUCCACAGCAGCAGCGGCGGCAGCGGCGGCCAGUUGAGAAGUCCCCAAGGCAGCCAGUCAUCCCACAAAACGCCCGGGGACUCCCCUUCUUGCUUCAGCCCCGCAAAGACGCUCUCGGCGAAACGGCCUUUGCCUUUGGAUCCAUCCAACUUUCAAAGCCCCAAAAAACAAAGACUCCUAGAGCACCCCUUGCCACACCAGUUGCCGUCCCACGUGGACGACGGCACCGACCGGGCCCAAAGUUCCUCGGACCACAAAGGCGACAAUCAUCUCUGGGCCUGUCCCAACGGCCUGCACUCGCCCCAUAAACUGAGCGACUCCUCGUCCGCCGUUCCCAAAACGGCUUCCAAGGCGCUGAAGUCCCCCAACGCGGACGCUUCCCUUUGCACUGACCAACAACUGCCCAACGCUCUACAUAAAAAGAAGAAGUCGAAAAAGCACAAAGAGAAAGAACGCGAGCGCUUAAAAGCGGAGUGGAUGGUGGAAAACAGCCCGGACCUGAAGAAGAGCCAAGAAAAUCUCAAAGGAGAGAAAACCCCCGUCAGACAAACCACAAAAAAGGACCUGCCGGACUUUUUCUUAAAAUACGGCCCAAUUACAGCACUGGAACAACGCGAGCAAUACAAAGAAGACUUCUGCUCCGAGUACGACGAAUACAGAGCCCUUCACGACCGCAUCGGAGCCAUCACCGAGAUGUUUGUUCAGUUAGGCUCAAAGAUCAACACGCUCUCGCCGGGAACGCAAGAGUACAAGCUAAUGGAGGAGCAAAUACUACAAAAGUACCGCAAGUAUAAAAAGAAGUUUCCCGGCUACAGGGAAGAGAAGAAACGAUGCGAGUACCUCCACCAGAAACUGUCACAUAUCAAAGGUCUGAUCUCAGACUACGACCGGGCGCAGGAGCUCUCGUAGGAAGGAUGAGUGAGUGCCUUGAGAAGGGACCAAAAGACUUGCAGCCGAGCCAAAGACUGAUAGGUCGGUCGUGUUUCCGCGACUCGCUUGACUCCUUGCGACUCGCUUGACUCCUCCUCCGUGUGUCGACGGGGCGAAGGAGCCGCGAGAGGCUGCAAAUGAAUUGUCCUGCUGUAAACUGGGCAGAUGUGCAAAUGUAAGCCAAAUCCUGCUUUUGACCUUUUCCCCAAAUUCUAGAGUUGAUGGUUCGUGCCCAAAUGAUUCAUGCGAUUCUUUCUCAUGCCACGCAGAAAGUAUUCCAAGGAUGGUACAAUCAGUCGUAGGGGGGAACAAACAUGCAUCACUCGGAGAAAAGCUUUCGCUCGCUCUUUGACGCACUUUAUUAAUUCACGUCAAAACAUUGAUUCGUUUGAACGACUCAAAUAAAAAAAACAGGGCUGUCCCUCCCUCCUGAUCACGUGAAGACUCCCGUCCGUCUUUUAAAACAAACCGGAUUGUGAUUAAUCAUUAAGGGAAACAAAAACCAGCACAGCAAAGAAGUCAAACUUGAUUCAACUUGAAGCCUUAAUUUGCAUAUAAAGAAAUGUAUUUUUCUGACCAUAAAGAUGAUGACAUCAUCCAUACAAUUUGAAUGAAUUCUAUUUUUUGUAAAAAUGUUUGGCGGUAGUAUCGGGUAAGGACUCGGCAUCGGAGGAUGCUGAAAAUCAGGUGACUUGAGUGCCAAAAAAAAUAAAACACAUCAUCCCUACCAAAAAUAAUCUUCCUGUAGCACUGGAACC